AUGCAGCUUUAUCUGUUCAAUAUCUUCUUGUUGUUGUUGUUGUUGUGCUUCUAUUUGUCCAUUUCCACUGUAUUUGGUUUGAACUCUGAUGGGGUGGCUCUGUUGUCACUUUCCAAACAUUGGACAUCUGUCCCUGCUUCCAUAUCCUCGAGCUGGAAUGCUUCUGAUUCCACUCCAUGCCAAUGGGUUGGGAUAGAAUGUGACAAUGACCACAAUGUGGUUGGCCUGAAGCUCUCUGCUUACGGAAUUUCUGGUGAAUUGGGACCUCAAGUUGGCAGCUUUAGGCACUUGCAGGCUCUUCAUUUGAGUGUCAACAAUUUUUCUGGAAAAAUCCCAAAAGAAUUGGUCAAUUGCAGUCUUCUUGAAUACUUGGACUUGUUUGUAAAUGGCUUUUCUGGUGAAAUACCUGAGUCAUUGUUUGCAAUUCCUGCCUUAGCUUAUUUUUCAGGAGUGAUUCCAUCAUCAAUUGGAAACUGCAGUAAGUUGCAGGAGUUGGUUUUGGGUAACAACCAGUUGACAGGAGAGCUUCCUAAGAGUCUGAACAACCUUGAGAACCUGGUAGAUCUAGAUGUAGCUGUAAAUAGUCUUGAGGGUAGCAUUCCUUUGGGUUCAGGUAAUUGCACGAAGUUAAACUCAUUGGAUUUGUCAGACAAUAAGUUUAGCGGAGGCCUUCCAUCAGGGCUUGGAAAUUGUAGAAAUUUAACAGACUUUUCUGCUGAGGCUUCAAAGUCUAAAGCAAUCCUUGUGUUCGAUAAUAACCUCACUGGAGAGCUGCCUUUAGUGAUGACCGAGAUGAAGCAGUUGAAUUAUAUAUCAUUGCACAACAACCUGUUUUUUGGAGUUAUACCUCAGACUUUGGGGAUUCACAGCAACUUGUCAGUGUUAGAUUUUACCAAUAAUAAUUUCACUGGUAAAAUCCCUCCAAAUCUUUGCCAUGGAAAGCAGUUAAGGAAGUUGAUUUUGGGAUCCAAUCGACUUCAAGGUAUCAUACCUUCUGAUGUUGGAACUUGCUCUUCUCUUUCAAGGUUGAGCCUGGACCAGAAUAACCUCAUUGGGGUUCUUCCACAGUUUGCAAAAAAUCCAACUCUUUCAUACAUGGACAUCAGCAGCAAUGAGAUUACUGGAGAAAUCCCACCAAGCUUGGGAAACUGUAGCAAUCUUAAAAGCAUCAAUUUGUGCAGGAACAAGUUAACAGGAGUUCUACCCCAGGAGCUAGGGAAUCUUGCAGAACUUCGUUCUUUGAAUAUAUCGGAAAACAAUUUGGUUGGUCCUCUGCCUCCUCAGCUAUCGAAGUGUACCAAAAUGUAUAAGUUUGAUGUGAGAUCAAAUUUGUUGAAUGGCUCCAUUCCAUCGAGUUUGAGAAGUUGGACAGAUUUAUCAACCUUGAUUUUAAGUGACAACAGUUUCACCGGCGGUCCGAUUCCUCCAGAGCUAGGGAAGUUGAAAAGGCUACAACAACUAGAUAUAUCUCAUAACAAUUUGACAGGGACUUUAGAAGCUCCAGGUUAUAUGAGUUCAUUGAUUGAGGUUGAUGUUUCAGACAAUAACUUCACAGGUGCAGUACCAGAGACAUUGAUGAAGCUGUUGAACUCAUCCCCAUUAUCAUUUCUGGGCAAUCCCUACAUAUGUGUCAGUUACUUUCCAUCAUGUGGCUCAACUUGUGCAAGAAACAACAGUUUUAAGCUGUGCAACAGUCAAUCAAGCAAUCGUAAAGGCAUUAGUAUACUGCAAAUUGUAUUGACAGCCUUGGGGUCUUCGUUGGUCGUUGUUUCUGUGGUUUAUGGACUUGUGUAUGUGUUUUUCUUGCGCAAAAAGACCAAGCAGGAACUUGAGGUCGCUACCCAAGAGGAUCCAUCUUCCUUACUCAACCGAGUAAUGAAGGCUACAGAAAAUCUCAAUGAUCAAUAUAUCAUUGGGAGAGGAGCGCAUGGAACUGUCUAUAAGGCCCAUGUGGCUCCAGACAAAGAUUAUGCUGUCAAGAAGAUUCUAUUUGCAGGGCAUGAGGAAAGCCGUUCGAGCAUGGUUACAGAAAUUAUAAUCUUGGGGACGAUUAGGCAUCGGAAUCUGCUGAAAUUGGAAGAAUUCUGGUUAAGAGAGGACCAUGGUUUGAUCUUGUACAGAUACAUGCAAAAUGGGAGCCUUCAUGAUGUUCUACAUGAAAUUAAACCCCCACCAACUCUUGAGUGGAGUGUCCGCUACAGGAUAGCACUUGGAACAGCAUACGGGUUGGAGUAUCUCCAUCACGAUUGUGACCCCCGUAUAGUUCAUCGAGAUGUCAAACCGAUGAACAUUCUCUUAGACUCUGAUAUGGAGCCUCAUGUCUCUGAUUUUGGUAUUGCUAAACUGUUGGAUCAGUCUUCUGCAUCAACGUCGUCCGCUGCAGUUGUGGGCACAACUGGAUAUAUUGCACCAGAAAAUGCAUUCAUACCAACAAGGAGCGUGGAAUCUGAUGUGUACAGUUAUGGAGUUGUUUUACUUGAGCUGAUAACUAGAAAGAAGGCAUUGGAUCCGUCAUUUGGGGAGCAAACAGACAUUGUAGGUUGGGCUAGGUCAGCUUGGAGCAACGCAGAAGACAUUGAUCAGAUAGUUGAUUCAAGCCUUCCGCAUUCAAAUAUCAUUAACCAAGUUGUCGAUGUGCUGAUGGUGGCUUUUAGAUGCACUGACCAAAAUCCGAGACAGAGACCAACAAUGAGAGAUGUUAUCAAGCAGUUAUUAGAAGCAAAUCCCCAAGUGAGAAGCAUAAGAGGCUAG